AGAUACUUCGUUGAUUAUUGCCCUUACGAUACCAGACAUCAAUAGCCACGAUCCGUCCAUCAAUCCAUCCAUCCAUCCAUGAUACGUACCCACAUCUAACACGCCACGCCAGUCACGCCACACACAAAACGGAGACAGUCAGCAAGCUACAUCUCAUGGACCGCUCCUCUUUGCAGCUCUACUAGCUUUCCCAGCCCCUUUCCCAGCCUCUCAGCAGCAUCUGCACACUUGUCUUCGCCCAGAUUGGCGAAGGCGACUCGAAUAUGACCAGGCGACCCACACGCCGACCCCGGAAUGACCACCACACCAUACUCCCGCACCAGCCACCGAACCACACACUCGUCAGACGCCCAUUGGCCACCCUCACCGCCCUCUCCUCCCUCUCCGUCGGUGUCUGUCAGCUGUGACGCCGGUAUGUGCUGAGGCAGCCUGCAGAAGAAGUAUAUCGCGCCAUCCCCGCCCUUGACGUUGCUCUCUCCUAGGAGGGAUGUGAGGGCGGUCUUGACGGCUGCUCGGUUGCGCCUGACGCUGCCGAGUCGCGUGUCGUCGGCCACCCAUGCUGAGCCGGCCUCCAGGCAGCCGAGGGCUACACGUUGGGAGAGGCCCGGCGGGCAGAUGACGAGUGUGUCUUGAACCUGACACAGACAGAUGGUUGGUGUGGUGGUGGUGGCUGGUGCGUGUCCGUGUGAGGGGCUGGCGUCUUGCUUGCUGACCUUGAAGAGGCCGCUCCUGAGGGCUUCGUUGGCCAUGGGAAAACAAAGGUACCUGCAUACGCACACACACACCACACAGAGAUAGAGGGGGGUGAAGCGGGAUACAUACAUCAAGAGGGACGCACGCAGGGACAUGGACAUACACACACAGCUGCCUAGCCUGAUCUAGCCGCCUUCAGCACCCUCUCGAGAGCAGCCGUGCUCUAUGCAGCCACUCUGAUGCCAUCGGCCCCCACCUCUGUUCUGUCAAGGCGGGGAUGCCCUCACGACGGACACAAUGGAGUGCCCGCCAUUCUUUCUCUCAUCACCAGGGGAGCAUCAGCACUUCAAUCAGAUUUAUGUGCGCCCCUCCCUCUCUCCCUCUCCCGCCCUCACCCGAUGCGCCAGCCCAUCAUGCCGUAUGCCUUCGAGAACGAGAAGAUAUUAACCACGUGAUCGCCCUCCACACACAUGUGCCGCCUCGAGCCAUUAUCGCCAUCACAGUCACCAUCACUGUCGGUCCACAAGAAGUGCUCGUAUGUGUUGUCGACAAUGAGCCAGAUGCCGCGCUCGCGACACAGAGAUGACAGCUCUUCAAGCUCAGCCCUGGUCAACAGAAUGCCUACACACAUGGACACACACAGGCACACAGCUUAUCUGCAAGGGCGAUAAAAAAAGGCGGAGGGGUGUGUACGAUUACGUACCUGUCGGGUUGCCAGGAUUCACGACACUGACCGCACGGACGUUGCUGCUGCUCGACUCAAGCAGACGCCUGAAUGAACACAGGACCACCACACCCAUGAAAUGCAUCAUCCGUUUCUCUCUCUCCCUUUCCCACUCUUACCUGAGUGCAGCCAUAUCGGGCCUCAGCUCAUCAGUUGUGUCACACAGGCACGGCACCAGGUUGGUCAUCUGACACGCCAUAUAGUGGUUGAAAUAGAACGGCCGAAACAGCACGACACCAUCACCAGGGUCAAAGAGAGCCAAACACAGAUUCACAAAGGCCUGGUUCGCUCCCACAGUGAUGAACACAUCGUUAUCUGCCGCUGUCAGGCCGUUCUCCCUCGCGAUUUUCUCCACCAGCUUUGACCUCAGCUCGGCACUGCCCUCGUCAGGGCCGUAUCUGUGAACCUCGGACGCGCUCUUGGUGAGCUGGCUGAUGGCAUUCUCGAUGGCUGUUUGUGGCGGUGUCCAAUGCACGACUCCCUGGCUGAGAGAUAGCACAUCACGGUCAGCGAACUCCCUCAGCAUCUUCUGUAUGGCGAAUCAAUCAAACACAAACGCACAGGAAGACGGAGAGUGUGAGAUUGUCCCAUCCAUGCAUCUGCUGUGAUCUGUGUCUGACCUGCAUGUGUACGAUGCAUGGCGCGUCUGUCAGUGUGAUGCGGCGCGAGAUGGGAGGAGGCAUCCGCAAGGCCGACGGUCCUUUCAGGAGCACUCCCCAAGAUCUCGGGAGCCUCGACGAGAUCUCGGGUUUUCGUGAUCUUGGGCUUCUCAGCAACCGGCGACAACCGUCCAGGGAGC